CCAGCUCCUCUCUCCACGUAGAUCCCAACGUGACCACACACACACAGCUCCGCUCUCCUUCCUGCUGCACACACACUCACACAUACACACACAUACACACAUACACCCACACUGACACCCCCUGCACACACAGCGGAUGGAGGUGCAGCACCCUGGACAGCUCCCCGGAUUGUGCCACCAAAUGACAAGAAUAUUAAUCUGUGCUGCAAUCCCUCCCUGCCAGGUUUAGCUUCAUUUGCAUUUCCUGCAGCUGGGGUUGGUCCUGUGCUCUUGGUUCAUUCAUUCAUUCCUAUGGGGGUCUUCUUCUUCUCCUUCUCCUCCUGCCUGCUGCUGCUGCUGCUGGACAUGUAUGCUGCUUCAUGUCAUUGCCUUGGAUCUGAUGAGUGAUCGGACACGCUCGGUCUUCUCGACACCCCCCCGGCUAUCCGCACGUCCCUCGUCUUUGCACCGGUUGCCAGGCUGGAUCUUGGAUUUUUUUUGAUAAUUUGCAUUUUGCAAUGGCAACGGCAACUAAUGGAAUGGGGGUAGGAAAAUCCCGAGGGGUCUGGUUGUUGGACUGCGUUCAGUCUGCUCUGCUAAUUCUUCUCCAGGGACCACUGCGAGUUACUUUUUAACCCCCACCCCCCCCACCCCUCUAUUCCCACCAACACCACCAGAUUGACCAAGGAGCGUUGGGCACGUCGUCUUGCAUGGGACCCGUUUUUAUAAUAGACUUCUAGCAAUACUGUCCUUUAUUUUAUUCUAUACCUGCUGCUGGGGUUUGGGGGGGGGGGAAUGGAGGUUUCGUUGGGUGAUUACCAGUGACCACCUGUGAAUUGGGAUCUAAACUGGGACCAGAGGGUAGUUGGGUCGGUCGUCGGCCUCUGGAAAAAAAAAAAGGUCCUGCUGUUGUCCCUCAGGCUGGAUAUGUCCAUGUUAACGUGAAGAUGGAUUUAAGUUUCCUCCUCUUGUGGCUAUUGACAGUUCUCGUUGAAGACGUCUGUAGUCAAGGGGUCUACGCACCACCGACUGUCCGGAUUAUCCACUCGGGGUUGGCGUGUAAUGUGGAGGAAGAGAGGUACUCCGAGCGGGUCUACACGAUACGGGAAGGAGAAACGUUAGAGCUGACAUGUCUAGUGACCGGGCACCCGAGGCCACAGAUCAGGUGGACCAAAACAGCAGGAAGUGCGUCCGAUAGAUUCCAAGACUCCAGUGUAUUCAACGAAACCUUGAGGAUUACAAAUAUCCAGAGACAUCAAGGAGGAAGAUACUAUUGCAAAGCUGAAAAUGGGCUGGGCUCUCCUGCAAUAAAGUCUAUCCGAGUGGAUGUAUACUAUUUGGAUGAUCCCAUUGUGACCGUACAUCAAAGUAUAGGAGAGGCCAAGGAGCAAUUUUAUUAUGAGAGAACUGUUUUCUUACGCUGCAUUGCUAACUCCAAUCCACCGGUCCGAUACAGCUGGAAACGGGGAGAGGAGAUCCUGCUGCAGGGCUCGGAUAAAGGGGUGGAAAUAUACGAGCCCUUCUUCACCCAGGUAGGAAAUAAGGGCGAAACGAAAAUUCUGAAGCUGAAAAAUCUUAGACCUCAGGAUUAUGCCAAUUACAGCUGUAUUGCCUCGGUGCGAAAUGUCUGCAACAUUCCAGACAAGAUGGUCUCCUUCAAGCUUUCCAACAGAACCGCAUCUCCGUCUAUUAAACUUCUGGUGGAAGAUCCCAUUGUUGUCAAUCCAGGAGAAACGAUAACGUUAGUGUGCGUCACAACGGGUGGAGAACCAACACCAACAUUGACUUGGGUUAGAUCUGUUGGAAAUCUUCCCGAAAAGUCUGUUCUAAAUAGUGGGACAUUAACCAUACCAUCUAUCACCUCUGAAGAUGCCGGGACCUACAGCUGUGUUGCCAAUAACAAUGUUGGCAAUCCUGCAAAAAAGUCCACAAGUAUUAUAGUAAGAGCUUUAAAAAAAGGACGUUACUGGAUAACUCCCGAUCCCUACCACAAAGACGACAACAUCCAAAUUGGCCGAGAGGUGAAAAUAUCCUGCCAGGUGGAAGCCGUACCAUCGGAGGAGCUAACCUUCAGUUGGUUCAAAAAUGGCCGUCCUUUACGGAGUUCUGAAAGAAUGGUCAUAACCCAGACGGACCCCGAUGUGUCUCCGGGGACCACCAAUCUGGAUAUCAUUGAUUUAAAAUUUACAGACUUUGGGACGUACACGUGUGUCGCUUCACUUAAAGGGGGAGGUGUUCCAGAUAUCAGCAAUGAUGUGAACAUAUCCAGCAGCACAGUUCCCCCAAAUCUCACAGUUCCAAAAGGCAAGUCCCCAAUGGUGGCCAGAGAGGGCGACACCAUCGAACUGCAGUGCCAAGUAUCUGGGAAGCCAAAGCCGAUUAUCAUGUGGUCCAGAGCGGACAAGGAAGUCCCGAUGCCCGAUGGCACCAUGCAGAUGGAGAGCUAUGACGGAAUAUUAAGGAUCGUCAAUGUAUCUCGGGAUAUGACGGGAACCUACAGGUGUCAGACCAGUCAAUACAAUGGAUUUAAUGUGAAGCCCAGAGAAGCUUUGGUUCAGCUGAUUGUGCAAUAUCCCCCUGCCGUCGAACCGACCUUUCAGGAAAUCCGACAAGGCUUGGGCACCAGCGUCACCAUGAACUGUAGGGUCCUGAGGGCGUACCCCACCCGGGUCCUCAUGUAUGAAUGGAGACUGGGGAGCAAGCUGUUAGAGAAGGGACAAUUCGACUCUCAAGAUUACACGGAGCUGACCGUCAAUAUCCACGCCAGGGAGAACUACGGUAUCUACAACUGCAGCAUCAUCAAUGAGGCCGGAUCUGGACGGUGCAGUUUUCUUGUGACAGGAAAGGCCUACCCUCCAGAAUUUUACUACGAUACCUACAACCCACUAUGGCAGAGCAAAGCCAGCGUCUACUCUUACAGCUUACAGUGGACUCAGAUGAACCCGGAUGCCGUGGACCGAAUCCUGGCGUACCGCUUAGGACUUAAGCAGGCAGGUCAACAGCGCUGGUGGGAGACGGAGAUUUCGGUAGAUGGACCCAUUAAAAAAGGCGAGUUAAUCACCAAUAACCUGACAAAACUUGUCAAGCCAGAACCCUACGAAAUCCGGCUCACCCCCAUCAACAGAUUCGGAGAGGGGGACUCCGCCAUUCGUAUUAUCAAGUACAGUGCUCCAAUUAAUCCGCACUUACGGGAGUUUCACUGUGGAUUUGAAGACGGUAACAUCUGCUUGUUCACCCAGGAUGACACAGAUAUUUUUGACUGGACAAAGCAGAGUGCCAGCACAAGAGAUACUAGGUAUACGCCCAACACGGGGCCCACCACAGAUGCCGGUGGAUCCAAGCAAGGCUUUUACAUGUACAUUGAGACAUCUCGCCCACGCUUGGAAGGAGAAAAAGCCCGACUGCUUAGCCCAGUCUUUAACAUAGCGCAGAAGAAUCCUUAUGGGUCCAGCAAUACAGCUUAUUGUUUUAGCUUUUUCUACCACAUGUAUGGGAGACAUAUAGGGAGCUUGAACAUAUUCCUCCGACUCAAAGGGCAAACCAGCACAGAAAUCCAAAUCUGGUCCGCCAGCGGAAAUAAAGGGGAGCAGUGGCAUCAAGCCCGUAUUAAUAUACACCCCACAGCUUCAUUUCAGAUAAUUUUUGAAGGUGUUCGAGGUCCUGGUAUUGAAGGCGACAUCGCCAUAGAUGAUGUAUCGAUUGUUGAAGGGGAAUGUACGAAGGUGGAUCAGCCAGUCACUUUUCCGCCUUCAGGAGUCAAAGUGUCUGGGACUAUAUUACAUAUAUGGCUGUAUCCAGUUUUCCUUUUCCUUUCUUUUUUAAGUCAUCAAAGGUGACCAUAUCCUGGCAGAGGCUACAAAAAGAUUCACUAGGCACUGGUACGAAGAAAGAGUCUUUGUAAAUGGACAACUGAGACAAAAAAAAACACAAUCUACCAAAGAUUCCUCCAAUAGGGCACUGGGAUUACUGGAACCUGGGAUAUAAAAUUUCUUAUUACAAGUAUACUUGAGACAUGAGACAAAAAGGAGAGACCUUACAGUGCUUCUGUGGCUUUCAAGAACAACCCGAAUAUUUCUCUGAAUGGAAGGAAUUACGAGAAUCCUUGUCAAAGCACAACAUCAUGGCUGGUUUUCUUUCAAAUGAAUAGAGUUUGCUUGCUACCAUAGACACCUGAUGGCCUGCCAAUCUAAACCUCACAGUUAACAGGGUACACGAAGAUCUGGCAUUUAUUUUCCAUUCAAAAAGUUUAAAAAAAUAAAAAGUUUUCAGUAUGGAAAAAACAACCGUAAGCCCUUCUUGCCUUGGCUGCCACCAUCCAAACCAAGACCUCUGUAGACCACGUGCUCCAUGUUGUCACACAGCUUUGCUAAUGAAAGGUAUGCCGUAUCUUUUUUGCAUGUAGAUGUCUUCAAGGAAGAGCAGCCGAGUCUUACAAGCGUUUCUGUUUCAGCUUUCGGGGAUUUCGAUUGCUUAAAGGACAUAAAGUCGCCACCAGACCCAUCAUCAGCUGUAAUAAAGGAACCAAACCACCACCUUUUAUAACAUGCCAGGAAACCAAGUGCCUUUAAUUAACAAGUGUGAAAAUAAAAAAGUUAGCUAAACAAGCUUGCACUGCUGUGAGUGGUUUGUGGAAAUGAAAAACAUUAAAAAAAAAAAAACAACAAAAAAUGGAAAACUGUUUUUUUAAGCAAACUGCAAUUCACAACUGUAGAGCGCAGGCCAGAGUUUGAAAAACAAAAAAUUGCUACAAAAAUACACAGACUUAAGUUGCUGCAUAAGCUCCGUUGACCCAUAUACAUAUAUAGAUAGAUAUAUGUAUUGUUUUUUGGAAUUUUUUUCAAAUUAUUAUUAUUAUUUUUUUUUUCAAAAACAGCCAUGGCCUUUUCACUUAUUGUUACCCAUUGGACAAAUAACUUAUACCUUGAUCUGCAAAAAUAGGAAAGAUCAACUUUUCUUCUAACUACAACUGCGGUGGUUCGAAAAGUUGCCAAGGACUUUCGAUAUCAUUAUUAUAUAUAUAUAUAUUUUUUUUUUUUAAAUGGGAAAAAAGAUUUUUCUUACUCUUAUCCACAUUUGAAAUGAAAUCAGUCUGAUCUUAAGAGGAAAAUGUUCUGAGUAUCUAAGACUGCAGCUCGACUGACCCAAUGGAAACUUGGGGUCUGAAUUAUUAGUCUUCUUCAUUUAAAAUAAAAUAAAUAAAUACAAUUAAAAAAAAAUACAAAAUACGAGGGUCCGAUGCCUCUGCCCGCUAAUCAGACUUUGUGCAGAUUGUGACAUAGUAUUUUAUUAUUUUGGCAAGUUUGAAAAAAAAAAAAUAUAUGAGAAAAAAAGAAAAUACACUUUUACAUAAAACUGUAAAAAAAAAUGACUGAGCUACCUGAUUAAAUACCAUACCUUAACCAGCCACUUUUUUCAAUGCAUUGUAUAUGUCCCUUAUAAGGUUGGCUACGGACAUUUGAAUUUUUUUCUUUUUUUUUUUUAUUAUUUCUUUAAAUUAUCUUAAAAGUUUAACUUCAUUUAAAAAAAAAAAAAAGAAAAAAAAAUACUUUUAUCUACAAAAAUAUUCUUUUAUGUUCUUUAAAACACAUGAUGGUUACAACAAAUGUUAUGCAAGCAAUUGGGCUAUAAAUAAAACAAAAUAUAUAUAUUUAACAUCGCCCGAAAUUGAUUUAAACAACUGAAGCACAAGAAGAUAUCGUAGAAUAAUUGAUCAGAUUUAUUUUAUUAUUUUUUAUUUCAUUUCAUUUCAAAAACUGUAGAAAUGUUUGUGCUGAUUCAGUCAUUCAACUGAACAAAAAAAAAAUAAUAAUAAUUAAUAAUAAUAAUAAAUUUUACAGCUAUGUUCAAUAAAGCCUCUUUCCAGGUAAGGUAUGAGAA